AACAGUUAACGCCUCCAUAGCUCCAGGAAGGAGGGGGGGCCUCAUGAGUCCCUUCCCUGUUUUUUGGAGACAGGAUCCUACUACAUAGCCAAGGCUGGUCUUGAACUUGAGAUCCUCCUGCCUCCACUUCCUGGAUACUGGGAUUACAGGCGUGCACAGCCAUAUCUGGCUCUUAACUAUUUACAUGACAGUUAUCCCUGAUUUGUUUUGGACACAUGCAAAGUAUAGUAACUGAGGCAAAUGCAGCGGUCCUGCUCAGUGGUCCUGGGAUUUUGGAAGCAGAGGCAGGAGGACGGGGUGUUCAAGAGAGAAAGGAAGAGGGUAGUGUAAACCACAGAAUGUAGCCCAACCCCUGCUGACCGGGAGUAACUCCCAGAAGGCUGGCCUUCUGCAGUUGCCAGGCAACAAGUGUAAACAGCACUGGAUCAUGGCCACUAACUACAGUGCCAACCAGUAUGAAAAAGCUUACUUACCCACGUACCUGCAGAACUGGUCUCCUGCCAGGCCAACGAAAGAGAAAAUCGCUGCCCAUGAAGGUUACACUCAGAUCAUCGCCAACGAUCGAGGGCAUCUCUUGCCUUCAGUGCCCCGUUCCAAGGACGGAGCUGAGCUUAGCACAUGGAAGUCCUGAAAAUAUGUAAGCAAUGUUUUCAGAUGACAAUAUUUAUGCCCAGGACUCCUUUAUCACACUUAGCCUAAGAAUGAAAAUUUUAAGUUGGAAGGAAAGGGACUGGAAAACAGCCGAACUGAACAAACCGAUGGAAUCAAAGCUUCCCUUUUACUUGGUAAGCCACUGCCUUAGACCCUCUCUCAGGUGUUUCCUUACUAAGCAUUGGCAAGACAAGAGUGGCCGUGAAGCCAGACAGCCCUGCCAAGCAGACACUACCAGCCGUGAAGACCUGCUGCCGACAACCUCACCAAAUGGAUACACAAGAAUCCUGAUCUACUCAACGCCUGUAAUGGGCUGCGUCCUGAAAUCUCAGGCAAGCCCUUCGAUCCUGACAGUCAGACGAAACAGAAGAAAUCUGUCACCAAGACUGUACAACAAGCACCAAAUCCAACCAUAAUUCCCAGCUCCCCGGUUAUCCAAGGAGACAACCCAGAUGAACCGCAAAGCUCGCACCCCUCUGCAGGUCACACUCCAGGUCCCCAAACUCCAGUCAACUCUCCCAACAACCCACCUCCGAGCCCUUGUAAGAGCACCAAGUAGGUCCUAGUCUAGCUGAGGUCCAGAUCUAUGCCAUGCUGGGGUGACAUUUUAGAGACUGACCGAAAUAGGUGAGACCCUGCCUGUAUUCAGAAAUGUGGAACAGAGAAAUGGUGGGCCAGGAGUGAAGGCAGAUUUAGGGAAAUAAACAUUGUGUGUUAAAUCUUU